CAAGAGCUCUGAUUCAACUUUGCAAUAAGUCACCUCCCUUUUUGCCCCCCUUUUUUACAAUUUUGCUUAAGGGGGUUCCAUAAAUAUGAGAAAAUCUUUUCAUAAUGACACAAGAAAAGCACAAUAGAUAUUCUUCUUGAUCUCUUUCUUUCUCAUUUUCACUUUUGUACUUCUUGCCAUGGAGAUCAACCACAUGAAGCUCACAACCUCCACUUGGGAACCAACCAUGUCCACUAUGGCUGACCAUAUCUUCCACGACCAACAACAGCAGCAGCAGCAGCAGCAACAACAACAACAACGUCAAUUCCCUUUUGAUCAUCACCCCAUUUGGCCUAGUUUUCCUCUACAAAACCCUCACCAUAGUCACCACUUCCCCUCUUCCUCAAGCCAAUUACAACAACAAGAAGUCCCGUUUGAUCAUGUUUUAAACAACCAUGUUCAAACACUUAUUGAGGAUCAUAAUGAUCAAGAACCCGAUGAAGACGAAGACGAAGAAGAGGAGCUAGGAGCCAUGAAAGAAAUGAUGUUCAAGAUUGCAGCUAUGCAGCCAGUUGAUAUUGAUCCAGCCACCAUUCGAAAACCUAAAAGGCGAAACGUCCGAAUUAGCAACGAUCCUCAAAGCGUUGCAGCCAGGCUCCGCCGCGAGAGAAUAAGUGAAAAAAUUAGGAUCUUGCAAAGAUUAGUCCCUGGUGGAACCAAAAUGGACACUGCUUCCAUGUUAGACGAAGCAAUUCGCUAUGUUAAGUUUCUAAAAAGGCAAAUUCGCCAGUUACAAUCGUCGAAUCAUCACCUCCCACCAACACAGGUAUCAGUAUCACCAUGCCCUAAUACUGAAAAUUGGGCAAAUAUUGUCACACCAACAAAAGCGCUAAUUCUUGGCUCUUCCAGCACUACUAUGGCCACUACUACAACUUUUGUUGGUAAUAAUGCAUCGGAUCCUACGUAUGAGGUAAUUGGUAAUUAGUGGGGGAAAAGGAUUAUUGGGAAGUGAAGUGAUUAUUAUGGUCAUUAUUGUGUACUAAGCGGAAUUUUUAAGAAUAAAAAUAUUAAUAUUAGAGGAAUUAAUUAUUUGUGUAUAGUGGUCAUGUGAAUUGUGAACUAAAAAAAUAGGUUUGUUAGGAUUGUGUUGACAAAAGGGCAUGAUAAUCAUCACAACGGUUAGACUUGAGUUACGUACGUUCCAUAUAGUAUAAUAAUUAAUAUAUGGAUAUAUACAAUAAGGUUUUGUUUUUC